AAAAAGGCAAUCUUCAGGCUGUGGGUGGGAGUAGAGAAAGGGAGACUCCAGUGGGCAAGGAAUUGCUCCAGCGAUCGGAUGAGUGCAGGCAACUCUCGGAAGAGAACAAGCAAGCAAAGAGCAAGAGACUUAAGCGAGUAGGAGGGAAGGAGACUGGCCAUUAGCCAGGCAAGCGGAUGGACAGACAGACUGAGCAGGCGCUAAAGAACCUCCCACUGGUUCCCUCUUGUCUUAUCUUUUGAAAACCAGGAUUUUACCUUUUCCGUGGCAUCUGAGGGAGAUUACUGGACUCUGCUGACUUCAGCACAAGCUAAGAUUUCCCACUUACAGAAGAAGGGCUAGCCCAAUCCUGCGAGGAGGGAAUCAAACGCCCCUGCCCCAUUUCCCCUUCCCUCCCCCACCAUACUCGGUGCGCCAAACCCGCCCUUCCCUAAUCACCGACUUCCUCCUUUUCUUUUUAGCAUGGUGACUGUAUGGACAGUCUGACAGAACAGAGACUGACAUCUCCUAAUCUACCAGCCCCUCACCUGGAACACUACAGUGUUCUGCAUUGCACCAUGACCCUGGAUGUGCAAACUGUAGUCGUUUUUGCCGUGAUUGUAGUCCUCUUGCUUGUCAAUGUCAUACUCAUGUUUUUUCUGGGAACCCGCUGAAUGGAGUCCAGCCACCUGAUCUCUUGUGAACUCUUGAUUUGAUUCCAUCCUGAGAAGCCACCGAGGGAGUGGAGGAACAAGAGAGAGACAGAGAGAACAAGCUUUCUUAGGGGGGAAAACGUUAUGAGCUUCAACAUGGCCUCGCUGUGAUAUGUAUGACGUUGCUGAUCACUGGAGAUUCCAUCGUUAGUGCUGAGGCAGUAUGGGAUCACGUCACCAUGGCCAACCGGGAGUUGGCAUUUAAGGCUGGCGACGUCAUCAAAGUCUUGGAUGCUUCCAACAAGGAUUGGUGGUGGGGCCAGAUCGACGAUGAGGAGGGAUGGUUUCCUGCCAGCUUUGUGAGGCUCUGGGUGAACCAAGAGGAUGGAGUAGAGGAAGGAACAAGUGAUGUGCAGAAUGGGCACUUGGACCCCAACUCAGAUUGCCUCUGUUUGGGUAGACCACUACAGAACCGAGAUCAAAUGCGAGCCAAUGUCAUCAAUGAGAUCAUGAGUACUGAACGCCACUACAUCAAGCACCUCAAAGACAUUUCUGAGGGCUACCUGAAGCAAUGCCGUAAGAGGAGAGAUAUGUUCAGUGACGAGCAGUUAAAGGUGAUCUUUGGGAACAUUGAAGACAUCUACAGGUUUCAAAUGGGCUUUGUGAGAGACUUAGAGAAACAGUACAACAAUGAUGAUCCCCAUCUCAGUGAGAUUGGACCCUGUUUCCUGGAGCAUCAAGAUGGAUUUUGGAUAUACUCUGAGUAUUGUAAUAACCACCUGGAUGCUUGCAUGGAGCUCUCCAAGCUGAUGAAGGACAGCCGUUACCAGCACUUCUUUGAGGCCUGUCGCCUCUUACAGCAGAUGAUUGACAUUGCUAUUGAUGGCUUCCUGUUGACUCCAGUGCAGAAGAUCUGCAAAUAUCCCUUACAGCUGGCUGAGCUUCUCAAGUACACAGCCCAGGACCACAGUGACUACAGGUAUGUGGCAGCUGCUCUGGCUGUCAUGAGAAAUGUGACCCAGCAGAUCAACGAGCGCAAGCGACGUUUGGAAAAUAUUGACAAGAUUGCCCAGUGGCAAGCCUCUGUCCUUGACUGGGAGGGUGAGGACAUCCUAGACAGGAGCUCGGAGCUGAUCUACACUGGAGAGAUGGCCUGGAUCUACCAGCCCUAUGGCCGCAACCAGCAGAGGGUCUUCUUCCUGUUUGACCAUCAGAUGGUUCUCUGCAAGAAGGACUUGAUCCGGAGAGAUAUCCUGUACUACAAAGGCCGUAUUGACAUGGAUAAAUAUGAAGUAGUUGACACUGAAGAUGGAAGAGAUGAUGAUUUCAAUGUCAGCAUGAAGAAUGCAUUUAAACUUCACAACAAGGAAACUGAAGAAAUGCAUCUGUUUUUUGCCAAGAAGCUGGAGGAGAAGAUUCGCUGGCUCAGGGCUUUCAGAGAAGAAAGGAAAAUGGUUCAGGAAGAUGAAAAAAUUGGUUUUGAAAUUUCUGAAAAUCAGAAGAAGCAGGCUGCAAUGACUGUAAGAAAAUUACCUAAACAAAAAGGUGUGAACUCUGCCCGCUCAGUUCCUCCUUCCUACCCACCACCGCAGGACCCGUUAAACCAAAGCCAGUACCUGGUCCCAGAUGGCAUCAUGCAGUCACAGGUCUUUGAAUUCGCCGAACCCAAGCGCAGCCAGUCACCAUUCUGGCAAAACUUCAGCAGGUUAACCCCCUUCAAAAAAUAAUACCUAACAGGGUACAGAUAAUUUUAAAAUAAAGGAAUUAAGUAAAUAAAAAUUAUAUUUAUAGAUGGACCUUUUUUCUGAGAAGUAUUGUUGUGUGUGUGUGUGUGUGUGUACAUAUACCCCCCCACAAAAAAACACAUAGACCUUUGAGUAUGUAUACACACACACAGAGAGAGA